UAAGCGUACCUGUAAGGAAGUGCAAAACCUGCUGCGUUAAGUAUUGCAUUCGUUUUCUCUCAGUUCGCUCCAUUCUCUUCGGUAAGCAGUGGAUUCGAGCGCCGAACACGAGCAGAAUGCUGGACACGUCGGGGAUUUGAAGAUCUGUGAACGAAACUCAAAUCUGAGGUUUGAGGAAGGAACAGUUUGGAGGAGAAAGCGAGUCGAACCGUACUCAGCAAAGGAUGAUGGAGGACAGAGUGUUGGAGCGGCCAGAGAAGCAUUUUAAAGAUCCUCCUCAGCUGUUUACCUACUAUCAAGGUGACAUCAACACAGCUGUGGAUGAGCACUUCUUCCGUGCCCUGAACAAGGCCACCAUCCCAACAGACCUCAGCACUAAAGCCAAGGACAGCAACAGGACUUCUAAAUCUGAUGUCUCCCCAUCAUCUUCAUCAUCAUGGGCUUUUUCGGGUCUAACAUGGUCCAAGUCCCCACAUUCUUCCAACCCCUCAAGGCUGACCCAACUGGCAUCCAUAGACGAGCCACCUCCAUCCCAGGGAGUGAUCAUGAAUCCCCCAGGACUAUCUUCAGCAUCAUCACUCUGGCCCUGUCCAUCCAGACAGGGCACAGCCUUUGAACUGCCUCUUUCACUCUACCAACAACCUGGCACUGCUGAGAGCAGUGCCAACUCUUACCUGAAUCUGUUGCAAAUAGAGAGGCCAACAGGGGGCAUCAUGAUCUCUCCCUUUUCAAAAUCAGAAGCCAGGCCAGAGUGGAAUGCUGGGACAGCCUUUAAAGACACAUCUGGAAGCAGGAUCAGUCUAGAUUCAGGUGUGCCAGUUGCAGAGAUUAGUAAGGAUUUGUACUGGUAUUGAAGAGAUUUCUGGCUCUACAACAAUGAGAUAUUGGACUUUGUUUUGCAUCAGACUGCCUCAUACUAUGUUUACAUUAUGCAAGAAUAAUCAUUCAGAUUUAAUAAGAUUUAAUUUGCAAGAAUGCUGUGCUUUUAGACAUUGACAGAAUGACUCAAACCCAUUACAUUCAUGGUGUUAGAAAUUCCUAAGAGAUGAAUGGUAGUUCACUGAUUCUUUUAGCCACUGCGAGUGCGUAUAUAAGCUAUUAAUUUUCAACUUAACAUGACAUAAGUGAGAAAACCUGAUUUGAAAUGCCUUCUCUUAGCUGUUUGAUGGGUGAUUCGGGAAGUAAAGCCUAUUUAUGAGUAGAUUAAGCAAAUCACGAAGACAAUUUGAAAGUAAAUAUUAAUGCUGUAGACCAUAAUCAUCUCUAUGGAAAAGGUGUUUGUAAUGCUGACACAAAAAUGACACUGGAAGUAAUUUGAUAAAAACACAUUCACUCUUUUUAAAGGAACAUUUGAGUUCCUCAUAACCAAGUUUACCUCUGGGGAUAGAACAAAACCUUCAAAAUUUAAAAGUGUGCUUACUCUUCAGGGCAUUUUACAGAUAAGGCCAUAGUUCAUGUUAUGCAGAAGGUGAACUGAAAUGACUAAACUGCACAAACCUGUUUACUCAUAAACUGCCAUAAACGUUUUCCCCUAGAGCAAGUACUGUAGGGUUUGCAGAGCCGUGAUUGAUUUCCUUAUUUUACAAAAAUAGUACAGUAUACAGUCCCAAUUGUGAGUGGGGCAUCUUACCCAAGGGUCUAAUAUGACCUUUUCAAUUCAAAAUAAAAACAAUGUUUUUUAC